AAGAAAAACUGCGGGAGCGGGCGAUGAAGCGUGAGUCACGUCGCCGACGGAAUGAGAAGCGCGGUGUCACGUAUGACCGCUCAAAGAGCGGCAGGGGAAUGAAUGAAAACGACUAUUACGCCGUUUUGGGUGUCGAACGGGACGCCACACCGCGAGAAAUCAAAGAGGCAUACAAUCGCCUUGUGUUGGAGGUGCAUCCGGAUAAAAACCCGAGUAAAUCCGCGGCUUCUCACUUUGACGCGGUUACAAAGGCAUAUCGUGUGCUAGGUAACGCGGAGAGGCGGCGAAAAUAUGACAUUGGAGGCACGAGUGUUGUGGAGGACCUUGGGGAAAAGAAAAGAGACGCUGUUCGGGCGCUCUUUGGCGGUGACGCCCUACACGCCAUCGUGGGCGAUGUGAAGACAGGCAACUUCUCCCAGCGUGUCGUGGAUGGCCUUGACUGGACGCAGGAAGAGCUGGCUGUGUGCCGGCAGCGCAUGCUCGAGCGUUGUCGUGAUGAGCUUCUCACAUCAUACAUAGAGCCUCUUCAGAAGAGCAGGGAGAACAGCGGCAGUAGUAAUAACAAUGGGGCCGGUCUCACGGAAGUAAAGAAGCGUUUGCAACGGCUUCUCAACACAGGCCUUGCCAAGGAGGUGUUGGCUGCGGUGGGACAAGAGUACAUGCGUGUCGUCCGGUAUAGUGAGGCAAUGAAUUCGUUACAGAGACUUGAAUUAUUUCUGAAGGUCAUCGCCCCACAUCGUGCCCGGCGAAAAUUGGACAAGUGGCGUUCUUUGGGCCGCAUUCGACAGCAUACAUUUAAAGACUCUGCAGCCAUGGUGGAUCUGGCGUGGUACACAUCCGUUGAGGAACUUGAAUCCACGGCGUGGUGGAUAGCAACGGCUACUCUUCUUGACCCACAGCUGCCGGUUGAGGAGCGUGAACGUCGUCGUGACGCACUGCGAGUAAUUGCCGAGACAUUUAUCGUGUAUGGACAAGCGUACAAGGGUGCCAACAGACAAACGAUGGAUACAUUGAUGAAUUCCCUACGGGACUACAAUCAACAGCAGCAACAGCGAAAGCGAGAUGGCCAAUGA